AUGAGAUGGUUGGAUCUAACGCGCGUCAAAUCGAAUCUCUUCAUACUUGACAUCGAAGUCGACGUUGCCCUCUGUGUUUCAUCCGUUUUGUUUUCCAAAAAAGUUGGCAUCUUUAUCGAAGUUGAUGAAAACACGCCGGACCGAAAGCUCCGCCCGCUAGAAUGGCAGAAAUCUCCACCGGUUUGGAAGUCAGCGUACGAUCAUUUCGCCGUUUUUCGACCCAGCCGUCAUGGGAGUUACAAAUUUUCCGUCAUAGACGAGCAUGGAGAAAGCCAACUGACCGGUUAUUUGAAAAUCGCGCCCCCUAAAACCUUCGAAGCUUCUUCUGUCGUUACUUUGAUGCCCAAGUUGAUGGGGCAGUUUUCCGAGUGGGGCGGCGUGUUCGAUCGUGUAGAAGAGCUAGGCUACGAUGCUGUUCAUUUUACGCCCUUGCAAAAGAUCGGGUCGAGCAAAAGUCCCUAUUCAAUCGCAGAUCAGUUGCAAUUAGAGCCAUCGUUCAACGUCGAGCAAAAAGAACUCGAAGAAUUUCUCAAAACCUCAUCUUUCAAAUUUGUCCACGAUGCUGUCUGGAAUCACACCGCGACGAAUUCUGAGUGGGUCAAAAGCAAUCCGGAAAUCGGCUACAAUCUCUUCAAUUCACUUCAUCUCAUCCCUGCUUAUUUCAUCGAUCAUGAACUUCGAGCUAUUUCUAAUGAGCUUUCGGAAUCCGAGGCUGAAAUUCAUUCAGAAACUGAUUUACAGAAACUAGGAGAGCUGAUCCUCUCCCGUCUUCGUGGCCUUCUACUUUAUCAAUUUUAUCAGUGCGAUGUCGAAUCUGAAGUUCUCCGGUUCAAACAAGCUAUUUCUGCCUUUUUAAAUUCGCCUAUUCCAGUUCCCGAAAAGCCGAAAAACCUAUCCCUUGAAUCGAAAUGGGCGCGUGGCGAGAAAUUUGCAAGAAAAGUGGAUUUUGGAGAUGAAGUUAGUCGAGUUGGAAAUCUUAUAAAAGCGAGGGAAUUGCGACCGGAAGAAGCCUUGGCUCACUUCAAAAUCACAAUUGACUGGUUGAAUGAAAUCGAGGAAGAUAAAAUGCUCGAGCAUUUAAAUAGCGCUGUGAAUGGCACUCUCGGAACGGUGCGUUACGAAAGACUCGAUCAAAACGGUCCGAAGAAGGGUCCAAUAACCGUUGAAAAUCCACUCUGCCCUCGUUAUUUUUAUUGUCUCGAUUCAACUAUCAGCCCAGAAGUGAUCAUGGAAGACGUUGAAAAGCGAAAAAAUGUUCUAGCGCACAACGGAUGGGUAAUGAAUUGGAAUCCAUUGAAAAACUUCGCUGGCGAUCCGGAAUGUGACGUUUAUCUGCGACGCGAGCUGUGCGCUUGGGAUGAUUCGAUCAAACUCAAUUACGGCGAUGGGCCUGAACACUGCCCCGUCCUCUGGAAACGGAUGGAAGAGUACACUCGCUGGCUGGCACGUCACGGAUCGGCGAUUAGAAUCGAUAAUUGUCACUCAACGCCGCUCAACGUCGCGGAGUUCUUCCUGCACUGCGCCAGAGAUGAAAAUAAGGAUGUUGUCGUCAUCGCUGAGCUCUUUACUGCGUCCAAGGAGCAGGAUGAUCAGUUUGUCUCUCAACUUGGACUUGAUUAUUUGAUCAGAGAAGCACUGCAAUCGCACAACAAUGGCGACUACUGUCAAACAAUCCGUGCCUUCUGCGGCAUGCCAAUUGCAUCGCUGGAAUCCACCCGUGAAAUCUCAAAGCUCGCUCCUGGUCUCCUAAUGGAUGCAUCUCACGACAACCCGAGCUUAUACGAAAGUCGUCCGAUCGAGUCAUUCCUCACGACAGCUGCUAUCGCUUCCUUUUCCGCCAGCCCAGUCGGUUCCAAUUACUUCUACGAUCAAUUAGUUCCAAAGCAUGUCAAUAUCGUCAACGAAACAAGAAGAUACUCGACCAAAUCCUCUUCAAACUUUCCGCGUCGAGCGCUCAACGAUAUUCGCAAAGAAAUGAGCAGCUCUGGUGCAAAUUUAAUCAACCUAGAAUGCAGAGAAAAUGCCUGCGUUAUCACUCGACGGGACCCAGAAAACAGGCGCGAGUAUAUUCUAGUUUCAGGAAAUAUCUACGACAAGAACUCGCCACUUUCUUCUCAAACAAUCACCCUUAACACGACUCUGGAAAACAUCAAGGUCCGCCUCCAUUCAAGACUAACCUUCAAAGACGAAAAUUUCACAAAUGAUGAGGAGAUCAUCAAUGGCCUCUCUGCCGAAUACUUCACUGAAGAAAAUGUCGAUCUGGAAACCUGUUCAUUUAUUGAAAAAACCUCUCCCUGCUCUUAUUCCAUCACGCUAGCAGCUGGAGCCGUGAUAGUUCUAACAGGACGAGUGCCUUCCGAGGAAACUGAGAAGCUUUCGAAAUGCAGCAACUUGGCUAACUCUCCGUCAGUAAGCCAAGAAGUUCUUGAUCAACUCACGCUUCUUGACUUGAAUCAAAUCCUUUUCAGCUGCAAGAAAGAAGAAAUGUCCAACAAGGGAGAACAACACGGCGUUUACAAUCUUCCUGGUCAUGGAGAAUUCCCCUACGCUGGCUUUGCCGGACUCUAUCAGUUCUUACUCGAGCAAUCGCAGUCGAUUCCAAGCGAUUGGAAGCCACUAGCGCAAAACAUGAGCGAAGGAACUUGGCUUGUCGACUACUUGAUCAAUAGAAUCGACAAUCAAGCACUCAAGAAUCAUCUGCAUGAGCUUUUUGAACCACUGCGGAUUGUCCCAAAAGCAUUCGUGCCGAAAAUCCAUCUAAAAUUCCUCCAGAACAUAACUGAAGCACUCUUUGAUGAAGUUCUUGGACGAUUUCCGGAGUGGAUUCGCGAAACGCGAUUCACAAGAUAUUCCUCAAUCGCUACUGUUGCUAUUCAUGGAAAUGUUCGCGGAGCCACGUAUCCUAUUGACAAAGGCGAGAAGAAAUGCUCCAUGGCCGCUGGGCUUCCUCAUUUCGCAGAAGGAAUUUGGCGAUGCUGGGGAAGAGACUCUCUUAUCGCCCUGAAAGGAACGCUGAUUGUUACUGGUCGCUUGGAAGAAGCCUGGGAAGUGAUCAAAGCUUUUGGUACGACUCUCCGGCACGGUCUCAUUCCAAAUCUUCUUGGAGAAGGGAAAGUUUCUCGAUACAACUGUCGCGAUGCAACAUGGUUCUGGCUUCAUUCGAUCAAGGACAUUUUCAAUGCUGGACUGACCGAUAUUCUCACCAGAAAAGUCCGGCUUUGCUACGCUGAUGAUGAUGCUCCAUUAGACCUUGAAAACGGUCCGGAAUUCGAGGUCCAAGAACUGGUCCAACAAAUACUUCAGCGACAUGUGGACGGGAUCGAUUUCGUGGAGAGAAAUGCUGGUCCGCAAAUUGACAUGCAAAUGAAACAAGAAGGGUUUCAUGUUCGAACAAAAGUCGAUAGAAAAACCGGCUUUCCAAUGGGCGGAAAUCGCUGGAAUUGUGGCACUUGGAUGGAUAAAAUGGGCGAGUCCGAUCUCGCUGGAAACCGAGGGUAUCCUUCGACACCAAGGGAUGGAGCUCCGGUUGAAAUUGUCGGACUUUGUUUUGCCGUCGUUGCGUGGCUCCAUAAAAUGCACGAGGAUGGGCUUUAUCCACACGCUGGUGUUGAAUGCGAUGGUGCUAUGAUGACUUGGUUUGACUGGGCGAAUAGAAUUAGGAACAAUUUUGAGAAAUGUUUCUUCAUCCAGUUUGGCGUUUCUGACUCGUUCUAUGGUGAUACUUACCAAAGCUCUGUUCCUGGAGCAGACAGUCAACUACGAUGCAACUUUCCCAUAGCCCUAGCCGUUGCUCCAGCUCUUGUUUCCCCGGAAAAUGCCAUUGUCGCCCUCUCUACCGUCCACGAAAAGCUUAAAAGCGGCCUUGGUCUCCGAACUUUAUCUCCCGAAGACGACAACUACCGACCAAGUUAUUUCUCCGACGACUCACUCGACCCUUCGACCGCCAAAGGCGCCAAUUAUCAUAAUGGACCGUCCUGGGUUUGGCCACUUGGAUACUUUCUUCGCGCGGGAGAGAAAUUCGGCCUAAAUUUUGGCAACGAAGCUCUUGCUGCUCACGACGAUCAUAUUUUCGCAUCGCCUUGGAUGGGACUUCCAGAGUUGCAGAAUGAGAAUGGAGCCGAUUGCCCUGGAUCGUGUCCGAUUCAGGCCUGGUCCACUGCUACACUUAUCGAUUUUGCUUCGCAAAUGCACAAGUAA